AUAGAAUACUGCAGAAGUGUUCCCUUGGAAGAGUAUUGUUUGCACACCUCUUAUUUCCACCGAGCAGAAAAUGGCUAAGAAUCCUAGCAUUCCUUGGCUCAUCCCACCAACUCUCCUCCUCUUCCUGACUCCUGGCAUCCACUCUUUCUUCUUGCCUAAUGCCACCCUUUUGGAAAACAUCCUUAAUCAAUACCAAGGUGGGCAACCCCACGCAAGGGGAAAGAGAUCCAUUUCCAGAAGUGACCAAGAUGAAAUCCUGAUGCUUCAUAAUAAAUUGAGAGGGGAAGUCUACCCUUCAGCAUCCAACAUGGAAUACAUGAGAUGGGAUGACGAACUGGAGAGAUCUGCUGAAUCUUGGGCUCACCAAUGCAUCUGGGACCAUGGUCCUGCCAGCCUGCUCCCAUCCAUUGGCCAGAAUUUGGCUAUUCACUGGGGAAGGCCUCGUCCUCCAAGUUUCCACGUCCAGUCUUGGUAUGACGAAGUAAAAGAUUACACCUACCCAUAUCCCCAUGAAUGCAAUCCUUGGUGUCCCGACAGAUGUGCAGGAUCUAUGUGCACGCACUACACCCAGUUGGUGUGGGCUACAACCAACAAAAUUGGCUGUGCCAUUAAUGUCUGCAAGACGAUAGACGUGUGGGGAGACGUGUGGGAAAACGCGGUGUAUUUGGUCUGCAACUAUUCUCCCAAAGGCAACUGGAUUGGAGAAGCCCCAUACAAAAAUGGCAGAUCGUGUUCUGAAUGCCCACCAAGCUAUGGAGGAGGGUGCCGGGCUAACCUCUGUUAUAAAGAGAAAGUGGUUGAAAAAUCGGAGACGGAUCGGGCUAAUGAAGUGGAGUUACAAAAGUUUCCUGUCAGAAUAGAGCCCAAAUCUGUCAAACCUACAAAGGAAAAGAAACCCACAGAAGUGAAGUACAUGACUCAAGUGAUCAAGUGCGACACCAAAAUGAGGGAUACAUGUCGAGGAUCCACAUGUAACAGGUACCUGUGCCCAGCUGGUUGCUUGAACAGUAAGGCAAAAGUAUUUGGAUUCCCCAAAUAUGAAAGUGCAUCCAGCAUAUGCCGAGCAGCUAUUCAUUCCGGAGUGUUAGAUAACAGAGGUGGCCUAGUAGAUAUCACUAGGAAAGGAAGAUCAGACUUCUUCGUAAUGUCUAUAAGAAACGGAGUUCAGACAUUCAGCAAAUACAAACCUUCCAAUGGUUUUGCUGUGUCAAAAGUCACAGUGCAGACUCUGGAUUGUUACACCACAGUUGAGGAACUGUGUCCAUUUAAGAAGCCAACUACUCAUUGCCCAAGGUCUUACUGUCCAGCUUACUGCAAAAAUGAGCCAAACCACUGGGCUACAGUAUAUGGCACAAACAUAUAUGCUGAUAAUUCCAGCAUCUGCAAAGCUGCUGUGCACGCAGGAGUCAUCGGAGACAGCUCUGGCGGUUACAUCGAUGUGAUGCCAGUCGAUAAGAAGAAAGUCUAUCAUGGAUCCUUGAGGAAUGGGAUCCGAUCUGAAAGCUUAAAGACUCCCAGGGAAGGAAAAGCUUUCCGAAUCUUUGCUGUGAGGCAAUAAUUUUCCCAAGACGGCGAGACUCUUUGGGGAAAGAGACUGCAGCCUUGUGUGUUUCUCCUGGGGUGAGAGAUGUUUGCCCCUCCUUGGACAACGCCGAAGCCUUCUAAAUCCAUCUUCUUUUGGAGAAAAAAAAAAAAGAUGGUGGCAGGAAUUGGAACUUUCUCCAUCUUGACAGCAUCUGCUCACUGUUUUAUUUUCGGACUGUUGUUGUUUUACUUCCAAAUGUUUUGAACCUUCAAGAAGAAGGAAGAUGGUUCAAGUUUAGGAGAGAAGAUGGUUGAAAAACUGGCUUGCGCCACCCUUCCUAAAUACAAUUUUGCCCUCAAACUAUAGGCUGUUGGGGUUCUCGUAAAAUACUACUUCCAAUAGGUGGAUGUUUAUCUGAUCAGAAGGCUUUGAAUGAGAACAUAAAAAGCAUUUAGGUCACCCCAAAGGUUAAAUUUUUGAAAAAUUGGAUCAAAGUCAAGAAUAUACCUAGAAUCCAAGUCAUUCUGUAAUACUAUGAAUGGUAUGGUGGUUUAGGCAAGGUUUAGACCACACUAAACCAAUAACAUAGAUUUCUUUUGAUGGAGACUGAGAAAGAGGUAUGGAAUUUCCAGAGAAGAAUCUGCUUUCGCAAAAGAAUGGAAAGUUGCUAUUUCUUUCAAAACAAAACUUAAAUGGAACAAGUAGGUUUGCUGGCCAAACAAUUGCAGAAAGUUAGGAAAAAGGAGUUCAAUUAUCAUCAAAUUAAAUCCUUGGGACUCCUGUCUUGGCACAUUCUGAUUCAUUGCAUGUUAGUUAGCAUUAUUUUAUUUACAGAUGAAUCCAACUUAUUUUAUUCAGCAGAGCUGUUCUCGCUUAGCUAAGCAACGGUUGCCAAAAGUUCAUCUUUAUUUUGCUGGAAUCAAAAAGGGUUUUGCUUUGCUUGUUUAUUUGUAUAGAUUGGAAGUUUGAUAUAUUAAGUUGGUCACAACAUGUAUAUAAUGAAGUCCUGUUAGAACGAUUCUGUUUCCUGAUAUUCAGUACGAUUCCUGUAGAUCAUAGUCAAGUCUCAAACGUUGUCCUAAUGAAAUAGUUGCAAAGUCGUCCUCUUUCAAUCCAAAUAUUUGAAGGCUUCUUAAGGACUUAUCUUUCUUCUAAAACCUUGAGCCCAGUCUUCAUUGGAAGCCAAAGAGGUGCUUCCUAUCAAUCUGACCCAAGGUUGGCCUUCGAAAAUUGACCUCUGAUCCCACCACACAAAGGGACAAAUGUUGUUCAAUGUGCAAUUUCUAUUUAUUUAAAGUUCUUGAUUUUAGUGGCCCAUGGCUCUGUUAAAAACCCACACACAACACCCUUCAAAUCAAACACGUGAUGCAACGGUUCCUGUAAGCGGGGUGGAUUUUGUGGCCUUGCCAACUGUGGUGCUAAAAUGGUGCUAAAUAAGAUGUUUUUGAUUCUACACCUGCUCACAGAUUCACACAGAAGGAACUAGCUGAUUUGCCCUUAUUUGUUUCGGGUUUUUUUAACCAUUAUGUCUGGAGG